AUGGCAGACGGACUCAACCAAGCCCGCGCAGUUCGAGUGGCCGAGCUUAUGAACGACUACCGAACCCUCCUGCUACACAUCUCCCAGCAGAGUGCCACUGCGUCCGCAGAUGAAUAUAAUGAGGAAGGCUUCGUCUUGCUACGCGAAUGCCAUGCUUCUGCUCAGCGUCUCGCAUCUACCAACUACCGCAAUUGCCCGUUAACGGGGCAGCGUAAUGCCAGUACAGAAAAAACAGAACUACAAAGAGUUAUUGUCGAUAGCAGCGCUCGCCGGUUCCAGGCACAUAAGAUCUACUUGCGGGCAGCAGCAGCACAUCGAUGGGUGAUUUCCCGAGCAAACAUUCUCCGUAGCCAACGAGGAUCGCCUCGUAUUGAAAUUGCCUUGAAAGGCAUUGAUACGACACUUCAUCAGGAAUUGGCACGCAUCACAGAUCAGCAUGUCGUUGCUGACCUUCGAAAUGCUGACCUGCGGGCAGGUUAUUGGCUUGAUGAUGACCCUUCUUUGGAUGUGAUCCGUCAUUGGAUUCAGAGAUGGUGA